GAGGCCAUCGUCACUCAAUUGAUCAAUAUCAAUGGAACUGCUGACGGAACGUUUAUGUAGUUCACCAGUUUAUUUGAAAUGAGUUACGCGAAAUGCUAUAUUGGUACGAGCCACACAAGCCUCUCGAGCCGGGUGAAUUUCGCGAACGUUCGACUUAACAAGCUUCAACAAAAUUCAAUCAGUGGCAAUUGGAAAGUUGAAGCGUUUGAGUUGAAUCAACACAAGUCCAACAAUUAACCAUCAAUUGACCCCAUUUUUCAAACAUGUCCACUAUCAAAUUUAGAGCCGGUAGAGUGAAUUACGAUGCUGAAAAAAAACUAGCUAUUCCACAGAAAAUUCAAGGUCAAAUCACAAUUAAACAAUCAGAUGAAGAUGAGUCCUUCUAUUCCUUCGAAUGGGCACCAAAAGAUAACGUUACCAAUGUUGAGCCAGAAGAUUUGCUAGUCAUACCCGGGGAUGUCACUUGGAAACAAGUUGAAGAAGCUAAAACUGGUAGAGUCUUUGCAUUGACUUUCUUAUCAUCAGGUGCAAGACAUUUGUUUUGGUUACAAGAAGUUAAUGAAGAUGAAGAUGAUUUAAGUGCAUUGAGUAAAAAAGAUAAAGAAAUCUUAGCUAAAAUUGAGAAAAUAUUUGAACCAGCUGAAGAAGAGGAAGAAGAAGCUCCACAACAACAAGAUGUUGAAAUUCCAGAUGCUGCUCCAGCCACCACUACUACUCAAGAACAACAAAACUCACAGUAA